GUCCCUGCGUCGGCGGCAGCUGCUCGAGUUCGACCUUCGCAAACGCGAAGCGGUGCGCGCUCAGGCAGCUCCGGCGCAGGUUCCCACGCCUAUGCGGCAGAGCGCGCGGCAAGUCGCAGCCGGAGCCCGGAGGCGGCAGCAGCAAUCGUAGAGGCGAUUCCCGUCCAGGAGCUGAGCGAUCGAAUCGCAGCACAGCUGACCUCGAAGAAGCUUGUCCAAGAGUCGGAUCUCGAGGACUUGAAAUUCCAUGUGAUGUCGAUUCUACAGCCUGCCUUAAAGAAAACAAGCUACGAAGAGGUCCAACGCCUGACGGUCGAGCUUACAGAGGCUCGGUCUCGAACGGCGGCCGCACGCAGCGAAAUCUCCCGACUUCGUUCCGAG